CCUCAAGUCUAUACUGAGAUGCUGCACACUGCGUUGUGGCAUUCGGAACAGUGCAUCUCCCAGACAGAAGAGCUUCUUGGUGACCUCUCAGUGGUACCCAGAGGUAUUGAUGGACAGAGGGAGGACGGGUCUAGAGCCAUGGAAGAUAGCAGUCAUCGUUGUGUCAGCGAUUGCAGGCGCAGCCCUCAUCAUUGGUUUGAUUACGUUUUUUUUGUGCCGUGAUCAGGACCGAUAUUACAAUGCAUCGUUCCUAAUCACCAACGUUGACUACAAAAGUCAGUAUGAAAGGCAAACAACAGAAGAGUUCAGAGACCUGAGCCAAGAGAUUGAAACCAUGGUAUCUGAAGUAUUCAAGGGAUCUUUCCUAAGUAAAAGGUACAUCAAGUGCCAUGUUGUCAGUCUAAGCCCAGAUCCUGCUGGAGUGCUUGCAUCUGUUGUUCUGGUAUUUAAAUUUGCCUCGUCUGACAGUAAGACAACAAGCUGGGGUCGUGUCCACCGUGUGUUACGCAGAAGGCUGACAACAAGCUCCAACUCCUUGAAUGUUGACCUGUCUACCCUUAGUGUCGCAGAGUUGAAUAAGGAAAAGGGAGACGACCUUCUAAACAACUGCUGUGGAAUACGCAAACAGCAAUUCUCCUUCACAGGAGUGGAGAGAAUAAUUGGUGGGCAGCGUGCACGGGAUGGGGAAUGGCCGUGGCAGGCGAGUAUUCAGCUUGAUGGGACCCAUCGCUGUGGUGCAUCGGUGAUCAGUAACACGUGGCUAGUGACUGCAGCCCACUGCUUUAGAGGAGUAAGAAAUCCUCGGAGAUGGACUGCCAGCUUUGGGAUUCUGCUGAGACCUCCGAAACAGCGAAAACGCGUCCGAAAAAUUAUCGUUCAUGAAAAAUACUGCGACUUUGUCCUUGAUCAUGAGUACGAUGUGGCUGUUGUGGAACUUGACCCUCCUAUUGAGUUCACGAGUGAUGUGCACAGUGUCUGUCUUCCUGAAGCGACUCACGUAUUCCCAGAGAACACUUCCUGUUUUGUCACAGGCUGGGGAGCUAUGAAGAACGAUGGCUAUAGUGUUAAUCAGCUUCGACAAGCAGAAGUGAAAAUUAUAAGCACUGAGGUGUGUAAUAAGAGACACGUGUAUGGUGGAGCAAUAACACCUGGAAUGUUGUGUGCUGGAUACUUGGAGGGGCAGGUGGAUGCCUGCCAGGGGGACUCUGGUGGGCCACUGGUGACUGUGAACUCCAGAGGAAUCUGGUAUCUCGUGGGAAUAGUGAGCUGGGGAGAUGAAUGUGGCAAACGAAAUAAACCAGGAGUGUAUACACGAGUGACUUACUAUCGAAACUGGAUCGCCUCCAAAACUGGCAUCUGA